AUGGACGGGGUGUUUGGAAUAGCUGAAAUCACUGAGUACACCUUCAACGAAGGGGCCAUCUCCACCAAAGACGAGAUGUCUAAAACGUCCGGUCGUCCAGGUUGCCCAUUUCAAGGACUAAUGGCUGAAAGGAAGCGAAUUCCAAUGGUAAACCCUUGGCGAUCGGGGAGAUGUCGAGUUCGUCGCGGUAGUUCUAUUGAUCCAACGUUUGCGCUGACCUUCAAUCCACCAACGCUCAAAGACGUUAGCAACAAUCCCUCCUAA